UUCUGAAUAGGCGUGGCUAGUUUUUUGGGUUUUGUUUGUGUGGAUUAUAAAGUUGUGAAAACAAGCUCUCUGUAUUGAGGCUGACAAUAAGAAAAAUCUUGAAAAUACUAAAGGGUAUUUUCAUGAAUUGAUAUUAAAUUGGGUGAUUUUUAAUCCCCCUUAAAAUUAAAAAGUAAAAAAUUGAAGAUGUUUUUUUGGAAGAUUAUUGACAUUAAAAAAAUAAUUUUUAAGGGAUUGAAACAUCCUGCUAUACUUGAUGACCAACAUCAAUUUCAUAAUGUGCCCCAUCAAUCUCUACAACAACAACAAAAUACAAAUGUUGAUUAUUUGGAUCUCAAUGUUCCCGUUGAUGAAAAUGUUUUUUAUUCUUCAAAUGGAGAACAAUCUAUUACAGCUUCGACAUCUCAUUAUUUGGAAAGAGGGGAGCAAAAUAUCAGCAAUAUUGGUGCACAAAUUAUUCAAUCAACUAACUCUUCUGUGAUUUAUAAUGAAACUAAUGGAAAUUCUGUUGGUUUCCAGACUAAUCAACAACCUCUCCCUCUUCUAACUAAUUUUGGAAGGGAUUAUGGAACUGCGAGAGCGCAGGCUUCCGUGUUGGCAGUUCCUCAGAUACGUCAAGAACCUAACGAUGGAAAGUCUACUUAUAUUGACUGCAUGCCUAGCACAUCACUUGCCACAUUAAAACCUUACACCCAAGAACAAUCACAGGUUUGCCAAUCACAAAUUCAGCAACUCCAACAUCCACCUCAACAGCAAUAUUAUUAUGAGCAAAGGAUAUUUCCAAAUGAACAACAACAUACUCAGCAUCUGCCACAAUCUUUUAAUGGUCAAAGCAAUUUCUACGGAAAUAUUCCUUCUCAAGAGAUUCAUCAUCAACAGUCAGCGCAAUUAGUCCAUUUAGAAUCAUCAUCUGUGAAUUCGGCUGGCACUUCUGCGGCUAUAUCUAAUCCAAUUAAUCAACAAAGCCAACAUUCACAACAACACUUUUACCCAUCCCAACAGCCACUUCAACAAAAUCAUCAAUUCAAUUCACCUUUAAUCUCUUUAAUUGACCAUCAACAACAACCCUCUUCCUUUCAAUUACCUCCUAACUAUCAACCUCCACCUGAGCAAAUAAUUGGCCAUCAACCUUUAAAUACUUCAAAUGCAGUUUUCUCUUCAAAUCAGCUAAAUCAACAAUGUAAUACUGUCGAGAGUGUGUCUGUGAAAACUGUCGCUAAAAAAUCUACUAAAACAAGGAGGAGGCCUUCGGUUUCAAAUCAAUCGACAAAUAAACUUAAUAAUGGUUAUGAGCAACAAACUGAAACUUCAAGUGGUCUGGACCAAGUAGCUAAAAGCCUUUUUAGCAAUCAGAAGACUGCAACAUUGGAGUUUGCAGAUCCACAAUUGGCAAUGGAAUUUGCUUCUCUUAUGGGUCGUUGCCAACAAUUAGAAGAGCAAAAGAAAAGUGGAAUAGACGUAACUUCUGAAUUGCAAAUUGUUAUGGACCGGAUUGCUGACUGUAUUGUGAGAAACACCACAACUUCCGCUAUCAAAGCGGCCCAACAAGAACAACAAUAUGCAUCCUCACUUUCUGGCCAAUUUGAGGCAGUUCCGUCCACAUCAACUACUCAGUUUCCUUCUAACAAUAAGCCUGCAAAAAGCCGUGCUCCAAGAAAGAAGCCUAACGUUACUAAAAAAUCUCAGAUUCCUUCAAAUGUCCAAACAUCAACAGUAAUAACCCCAAAUUCCUUUCAACAAUCAAAAACUCAAACUAAUCCACAACCUUUUGUUAAACAAUCGGCAGACUCCUUGUCAACAUCGACACCUGUUCAGUUUGUCGCAUUUAAUCCUACAACACAAUCUCAUCCAAGUACAUACACUUCUUCAACAAUUCUUGCAAAUAAUGUUAGACAGACAACUUCAUUGCAAAUUGAAUCAUUAAAAGAAGAAAAAAUCAUUUCUGUGUUAGUCCCUACAACUGAUUCGUCUUCUGACAAUAUGAUCUAUGCAAAACGAAAUAUGCGUGUAAUAGCCCAAGAAAAUGAAAAAUUAAUUGCGGAAAAAUUGGAAAAACAAAAAGAAAAGCGUCGGGAAAGGUUGACAGAACAUUUUGCCCAGAUGCAUGAAAAACUUCUUAAACCAGAUUUGAGCUCUUCCUUCAAAAGUAAAAAUGAUUCUAUUGAAAGGCUGCUUCCAUAUGGGCUUUUUUCGGAACCAGAAUUUAGUCAAGAAUUUAUUGAUGGAUAUGAUGCUGAAUUGCAACGACACAAAGAACUCAUGCAAAUACGACAACAUUCUAUUAAACAACGAAUGUGUUCUGCUUUAUUUAGAGAAGCAAUAGAUUCCACAAAAGAACAAUGCAGUUUGUUGCUUUAUUUGGAUGCUGAAUUUGAGCAUCGACAACUAAAGAAUGAAAUUUCUCAAUGGAAAAAUAUUUGCAAAAAUGAAGAAAAUGCUAGAAAGUCACCAAUAAAAUUAUCGUCAGUUAUGGAUUGGGAAUAUAAUGAAUGGGAUGAUGAACGUUAUCAACAUGUUUUGUCCCCAAAAAUUGAAGAAUUAAAGGAAGAAGAAACUGAAACAGAAGUUAAUAUUAGCAGCGAUUCGUCUAAAAGUAUUGCUGCAUGUUCUUCAUCUCUUGCAACACCAAGAUUUGCAUCAAUCACCAUUCAAUUAAAAACUUAUCCAUUGGUGGAACGCAAUGAAAAUGUGGCUACUUUCUGUCAAGUUAAAAAUACAGAGGAGGAAAAGCCGGCGUUAGCAAAAGUCAAUUUAAAGUUGGAACGUUUUUUGGUGAGUUUUAGAGAAUGUUUUUUUGCAUCUAUUUGA